AUGCACGGAGACCAAGCUUCACCACCUCAUCAAUUUCAGCUUGACGAAGUGGACGAUGAGAACAUCUGGUCUCCUAUCCAGCUCGCCGCCGCAAAAGGCGAUCUGGGUGAGGUGAAGCAUCUUCUUGCUCAGGCCACAGUCAACCCAAACGAGGCGGCUAGAGGGUACUAUGGGAAAACGGCGCUUCAGGCCGCAUCCUGUAAUGGACACCUCGCCGUCGUUGAGGCCUUGCUAGCGGCAGGAGCGGAUGUCAACGCUGCUGGAGGAAACAAUGGUGGCAUGACAGCCGUCGUCCUGGCCUCAGGAGCAGGACAUAUUGAUAUCGUUCAUCGUCUGGUCUCUGCGGCGGCGGAUAUGAAUCGUCCACCCCAUCAGUAUAUGGGUCGAACUGCCCUACAGGCUGCUGCGGAGGGCGGCCAUAUCGAGCUGCUACAAUGCCUGCUCGAGCAAGGCGCAGAAAUCAAUGCGCCUGCGGCUAAGAAUAACGGCCGCACCGCUCUGCAAGCUGCAGCAUCAGGAGGCCAUGACAAGAUCGUAGAGAUUAUGCUUGAUUAUGAAGCUUGUGUUAAUGCGCCCGCUGUCAGAUACAAGGGGUUGACAGCCUUACAAGGCGCGGCUUUGGGCGGCCAUGACCGAAUCGUACGGCGAUUGCUUGAAAAGGGAGCUGAUGCCAAUGCACAAGGCUCAUAUUACAAUGGGUAUACAGCACUCGCGGCGGCGGCGGAAGGUGGACAUUAUGAGAUUGUCCAGAUGUUGCUUGACGCGGGCGCAGAUGUCUCUGCCACGUCGGGAAACAAGACACGGACGGCAGCACAGAUUGCAAGUUUCAGGGGACAAGAGGAAAUCUCGCAACUUCUUCAACGGGUUGAGAAAAGAUAA